AAUCAUGAAAAUUAAUUUUUCUAAUUUAUUAAUUGUUGAAAAAAUUAAAACAAUCGUCAAACGUCAGAUACUUCCAAGUUGCUUUUAACUAGACUAUACUUUCUUUAGUAUGGCGAAAUGAAAUUUCAUGAAUUGAAUCAUUUGAAAUAAAAAUUAUCAAUAAAUUACUUUUAUUUAUACGUAACAAUUGUAUAAGUAUUAUAAAUGGUUGUAAACAAAAAAAAAUUAAUUGAUGUGAUAAAUUAAAGUAUUAUUAAUUAAUAUUUUACAAAAAGAAACACCUAUGGCGAGAAUAAUUUGACACUUGGUCAUAUGAAAACAAAAUAAUAGUAAUAGUAUUGAAAAUAAAAAACGAUGGGAUUAAGUUUACUCAAAUUUCGAAAAGAUGUGAAUAAUAAAAUUCCAAGAAAUUUAAAUGUUCAUUAGUUGUAAUAGAAACAAGAAUGUUGAGUAUACUUUUAAAAUAUUGCAAUUAUCUGAAGUAUUCUAAAUUAAAAAGCAAUAAAAAAUAAUGAGCAAUGAAAUCAUUGUACAGAUUUGUUAUUAUUUUUUUAUGUAUUAUUGGUGUGAUAAUUGUUUUAAGUAUUUCAUCGCAUUCAAGUAGUAACAAAAAAAAUGAUGAAGAUUCGAAUACUGAAAUCAUUUCAAAUCAUCGAGAUCCACGUGCUCGAGGACGUCUCAAAAAAGAUUCGAUGGAAAUAAUAAACCAAGAAGUCACUAUUUGUGUUGUCGUUUGUGGUGACAGAUUAGAUGAAUCUCUUACAAUGUUUAAAUCUGCAUUAGUUUUUACGAAAAAACUAUUGAAAUUGAUUGUAAUUGCUGAAGAUGAUUUGAUCGUUGCAUUCGACGAGAAACUCAGCGAAUGGAAGUAUUUAACAAAUAAUUCAUUUACUUUUGUACUGAAACCGAUUCAAUUUCCAAACAAUAGUGAUGCUUCAAUGUGGAAACGAUUAUUCAAACCAUGCGCUGCUCAAAGACUUUUUCUACCGGCUUUAUUGAAUGAUACUGAUGCCAUAUUAUACGUUGAUACAGACACAUUAUUUUUAGCACCACCAGAGUUAGUCUGGGAUGAAUUUAAAAAAAUGAAUUCAACACAAUUGGCUGCUUUGAGUCCUGAACAUGAAGAUCCUAAUACAGGAUGGUAUAAUCGAUUUGCCAAACAUCCGUACUACGGGAAACUCGGUGUCAACUCAGGUGUUAUGUUGAUGAAUUUAACACGAAUGCGUGAAUUUAGAUGGACAGAUUAUGUGAUACCUAUUCACAAAGAGUAUAAAUUAAAAAUAACAUGGGGUGAUCAGGAUAUUAUUAAUAUUAUAUUUCAUUACCAUCCAGAAAGAUUGUAUAUUUAUCCGUGUCGUUAUAACUACAGACCAGAUCACUGUAUGUACAUGUCUGUAUGUACUAAUGCUGAGACAGAAGGUGCAUUAGUCAUCCACGGAUCGAGAGGUACAUUUCACUCACAAAAACAGCCUCCUUUUCGUGCUGUCUUUCGAGCAAUGCAACAGUAUCAAUUCGGCACUGAUAAAUAUGAAAAUUUGUUUUUACCAAUGCAAAGUUAUCUAAUGAUGGAUGAUAAUUCACAUUGUGGUAAAGUUUGGAAGGUUUUUAUAAUACAACCUGAAAUUUAUAUAGGCAAUAAUUUUAUUAACUAAUUUAUUGAUGCUCAAGUAUGAAGAGUUUUUUUUAUAUAGAACAAUUUUUUUAUACAAUUUAUUAGCAAUUACGAAUUGAUUUUAUACACUACUUGUAAAAUAGCUGCAUUAUUUCUGACAGCUGUUUAUUGUAAAUUAUUACUUUACACAAAAAAAAUUUGUUA